AAUAAUACUCGAAAAACGAAAGAUUUUUAGAUCACUGGCACUGUUUUGUAGGACUGAAGACUUUCCAGUGAGUGAAUCAUGAAAAGUGCUUUCCUGUUUUUGCUGUCAGCACUGUGAAGCCUCAUGUCAGGGCCAGAAUGAGUGGGGGAAAAGUGGACAUCAAGGUCGUACUUCUCGGAAAAGCUUAUGCUGGGAAGACGAGUCUGGUGGAAAGAUUCAUUCACAAUCGCUUUGUCGGAGAUACGGUUCCCUACCAGAACGUAAUUACUAUCGGUGCAGCAUUCGGCGCAAAAACUGUUACAAUUGACAACAAAAAUGUCAUCAUUGGAAUUUGGGAUACGGCAGGCAGUGAGCGCUAUGAGGCAAUGAGUAGAAUCUACUACAGGGGAGCUAGGGCUGCGAUUGUUUGCUAUGAUUUGACUGACAAGUCUAGCUUUGAUCGGGCGAGGUUCUGGAUUGGAGAGUUGCAGAAACAUGAAGAGAAUUGCCAGAUUUACCUUUGCGGCACAAAAUAUGACCUUGUGGAAGCAGAACCAGCAUUGCGUAAAAUAGAUGAGCGUGAGACGAGAGCACUUGCGAUAGAUGUACGAGGAGAAGUGUAUGAGACCUCUAGCAAAACUGGAAAAGAUAUAGAGAGAAUAUUCCGCAAAAUUGCCACAGACUACCUGGCUACAAAGAAGGAACCAAUGACAGAGGAAAAUCCUGACUUGGUCCGGCUGAGGAAAGCAUCGAAAUCAAAGAAAUUGUGUGCUGGCUGUAAAAGCUGAUAUGCUGUUUAAAGGGGUUCAUGUUGGUGUUUUGAACUGGAAAGUCCCUGGUAAUUCUGUUUAUUUUAAACCUUUUCUCGAUGCUGGACUCUAGGAUCAUAAGGGAAUUUGUUAUUGGAAUGGAGUAUUUUUUGUUACUUGCAAGUAUUUUUUGUGGAGGAGCAAUUCAAAUUGUCCAAAGUUUUCUGAACAUUUCACUCAGAGCCUUUGGGAAACAUUUGUAGAAGUGCAUAUUCAUAGGUCUAUUUCACUUCAGUAGGUGUGCCUUAUUUCGCAAGUUUAAAAAAAAAGCUUCUUGCAAUCCUGUAUAGCUUUUGCUAAUGAGUGUGGGACUCAACUAUUGCUGUCAUAUAUCUUUUGCUUUGUUUAAAAUGUCGAGUAAGUUUGAAAUAUUAUUUAUCCUUAGGUUAGCAUGCAUUGCACAGUAUUACAGUUUCAUUCUGCAAAGAAGUUUUUGUACAUCAGAUAAAGAGGCUUGUAUGUGUAUCAAGUAGCUUGAACCCAGGACUAUGUUACUCAAAGAAAAUUGAGGGUAAUCAUUUGUUUUUAUUAUUGUCUUCUUUGAAAAAGGUUCAGUACAUACAUUUGAUGAUGUGUUAAUGAAAAAAUAGUGUAAAGAUAGAAAGGGAAUUUUGUCAGAUACUAGAGAAAUUUCCAUCAAUUGCUCCCCAUGAUAAAUAUGUUCAAAGUAUUUUCAACUUCUCUUUCUGUGCCAGCAUAUCAUAUAUAUUGAAUAUCCGUAUUUAUAAUAGAUAACAGACAAUGCAGGGUAUAUAUACUCAGCAUGUGUACCUAUACAUACAUGUACAAUGUUUGUCUUUGUCUCAAACGACGUUACGUCAGUGUGGUAGGAACGUUAUCCGGCUUUGGCCAGAAAGAAAAGGCAAAGAGCCAAAAGACUGAGUGUGAUCACGUGACAUCUGGUAAGCCCUGGAGUUUGAGUAACAUUGUUGAUGUGACAGUUAAGAAGGGCACAAACAAUACCAUCGAACCUGCCUGUCUUGAAAAGAGAUUUUCUGCUUGCAUUUAUAUUUUCAUCCCUCUCUAUCGUAAUCAGGCCUCCUAGUUUUUAAAGGCAUGUACAGUAUUGGUUCAUUAUGCAGUUUCUGUCUUAGAAUUCUUUUUGUAGUUUCUUUUGUAACUCAUUCAGUUAGUGAAGUUUAAGUAUCAUUAUUUUUGUGUGUAAGCUGGUGUGUGUGUGUCAUGUAUGGGUGGGUGUGCACAUAUGGAGUACUUGAUUGAAGCUAGGGUUUUUCUUAUGUGAACGUGUGUGUGCAUGUAUGUAUGUGUGGUUGUCUACAAAGGGGAAAUGGAUAUUUUGUCUUUGGGCUGUGAAAAUGUUCUCUAUUGGUUGAAAAAUGUCUACUCUUAUAAUGUUUAUAAAUAUUAUCUGUGAUUCUCUCUAAACAGGUUUUCAUGUAAAAGAGAAGCUGUCAUUUUUUUUCUCUUGAUUUGUCUAUGGCUCUCCUAUAGUUUUUCUUUUUAAUUUAUGAUAAUAAUAAUAAUACUAUAUUAGAUUUCAUUUAUAUCACACAUUUUACAGUACUAGAAAAUUGACUGUUUGCGUUUUACAAUUUAUUGUUCAUUCUAGCUGGUCUUAUUAGACAAGAUUUAUUGAGUUUUAUCCUGGUUGUUGCGUUUGUUGAUAAUAAGACUUAUUUAUGCAACAGUUUCUUACAGACAUUGUGGAUAAUAUUAUUUCUUCCCUUUGUUGUGGAGAGAAUUAAAAUUUUAUGAACAGUGAUUUCCUGUAACGUCAGGGAUGUACAGCCUAUCUUCUGUGGUGCAAUGGUCAAGCUCUUUACUGUUUCAUGCUUAAGAGGUUGGGUAAAGUCACAGGUGAGGCAGCUUGCUUUAUGGAGUACCUUCGUCUUUCUGCACGGAUGUUAUAUCCCACUCAACUUGGGUUGGCCCUGAUUGGUAGAGUUGAAGCAGCCUGCCUCCUAAAUUGUAAUGGUGGAGAUGUCAACUUAAUAAAGGGAUGGACUUCCUCAUAAUCAUAUUCUUGAAUUUAUGGAAGGGGGGGGGGGGGAAUUGCCCAGUGAGCUUUUGUUCUAUUUCUGUUCCCUCUCAUAGACACUGUUUUGUUCCUGUCUAGUUGUCCCACAAGCUCCACAGUUUUUUUUUACGAGUUAGUUUUUGUCAUGGGAUCUUGUUUCCAACCUGACUUAGGACAGGUCAGACUGGAAACCGUCAAAAGCAAAAACUACCAGAUAUGCAGGUAGGCCUACAGUGGAAUUUCUUUAACAUGAAGCCGUUUAACUUGGAAUCCCUAUUCCCAUCAAGAGAUUUAAAAUUCUUUUUGUUUUAUUUUUCCCCCUUUAUUCUUAGCAUUAUAAUUUCCUUUAACACAAAAUCUGCGGAGAAAUCUCUGUUCCUGUGAAAUUUGUGUUAUCAGGGUUUUACUGUAUUGUCAGUGCAGUUUGCGGGAUUUUUCAAGGUCAUCGAUGCUCACCAGCAGUAAAAUUUCAUCCAAGAACAAGCUAGUGUGUGGAAUGGAAUUGCCUUUGGGAUGUGUCUAAGAAGAUGCGGUGUGAUACAUUGCUUGUAAUCUACUGCUGGGUCAUUCUCUCUCUCUCUCUCCCUUCUCCCUCCCUCUCUCUCUCUCUCUCUUUCUCUCCAGUAUAAUACUAAUUAAUACGUUUGUUUGGCCAUAUUUUAUUACUUUAUUUCAUCAUGGAUUUUUCUGCAGAGGACUGCAACCGGUGAUAAGUCUCAGGGCCUCUUACAAAACUUACUUCUUUGUCCUCGUCUUUUCGAUUGAAUGUCUGCCAAAUAUGGGGUUUCAUCCUCUUGCUUUUCCCCUCUUUUUUUUCUUUUCUUCUUUUUUUUUUUUUUUUUAAAAAUGUGAACCAGUUGCCAUUGUUUGAUGAUUGUUAAUCCCACCAUAUUUUUUGGUAAUUAUGUCCUUUUCUAAGACCAUUUAUACCGGUUAUACCUUCAAUCUUACAUGAAGACUCUUGAGUCUGAUUAGCUUUCUAGCUAAGGAUGGUCUCUUAACAUUGGGGUUUCGUCAUAACAAGUGACACCCACUGAAAAUUUCAGCAUUCCUUUUGACUGAACUGGAAUUUAUAAAGGGAUAGAUAUAGAAAUAAUGAUCACUUAGUUGCUUUUGUAGUACCGUAUCAUUACAGUUCCUGUUUUCAUAGUUGUUGUCUAAUUUUUUCUGAUACUUCCAAUUUGAUGGCUGGGUGCAAGACUUGUCAAAUUGCAAAAAGGCGUUUGUCAGAUUUUUGCGUCCAGCCAUUAAUUUGUCUCUAAACCAGAAAGUUUUUUUACUAAUGCUUUUGCUUGUUAUUCACAUUCAUCUCUACAUUGUCAAUUUUUGCAAUUCUCUGGUCAUGUUGGUUUCUAUUCAGAUCCACGGUUGAAAUGUACAUUCUGCCUUGUUAAAUCAGCUUUGUAAAUGUUGCCUGUUCCAGUUUGCUAAUCAAGUCCAAAAUUUUGAUAAUAUAUUAUGAUGUUCAUUUUCAUUGAUGCUUUAUAUAUGUACAUGUGAAGUCUAAUGAAGAGAGAGGAAUUUGUUAUAUCUCUGUACUUGCGUGAAUAAAACCCUACUGUGUCUUUUGA